AUGGGAUUGUUAGAAACAAGUUGGUCUCAUGAAGUGAAUAAAAGCAUGACAACCUGGGAAUGGUACCCACCAACUUGGUCUUUGAACAGAAACUCUAAUGGUUUCGUUAGCAAUCAAUUGAACAGUGGCAGAUCUCAAACCAAAGACAAACAAUCUAGCAAGUCUAACAGCACGGUCAAAACCCCAAAUGGCAACAGAAGCAAUCAUAAACAUAUGGAAACCUUGUUCAGUAGUAUGAAUCCAGAGACCACAGACAACAAAGAUGGCCAAGAUGAAAUGAACAGCAAUGAAAAGUUCAUAGUUUCUUCUUCUAAAGAAAAACAAACUUUGGAAAACCAUAAUACCCAUACCAACCAUGGCAACAUAACCCCAUCUAACGUAUGGUUUAGCAUUUCUGGUGUAGUAUUUACCAAGACCUUUACCAUUGUAAGUCAUACCAACAGAGUGGGCAAUACCAAGAAUAAAGUUAACACGGUUCAUCCAUUUGUGAAUAUAGACAAAACGAGCAAAUGGCCAGCCAGAAACCCAUUGCAUAAAAUUGUUUCUACCAGCAAAUAA